GCUAGAUUCAUUGCCUAAGAAUUCUUGUCUGGUGUCAAACUGAAGAUAGCUCUAAUUUAAAGAGGUCAACUGCUAUUCAAGCACAGCCUUUGAUCUAUAUAUAGACUAGUUAAAGCUCAACUCAACAGUUUGGAAAUUGGAAUCAUGGCAGAGCUAGUACAGUCUAAGUCCACUAAGCCUAAAAAGCCAGAUGGAAAGGUCAAACAAAUUACUGGUGCUUUUUCAAAGGCUGGAAGAGCUCUUGUGAAUGCUCCACGGCACUUGUUAGAUUUGCAAAAAGAUGCAGGUAAAGCUCUUGAGUCUCUAUUGAGGCGAGCCUGGGCACAUCAAAGGGAAUUGAGGAUACUUGUCACUGGAAAGACAGGUCAAGGAAAGUCUACCCUCAUCAAUGGCAUUCUUGGUACUUGUGUUGCUGCUGAAGGAGCUGGUGCUAAGAGAUGUACAACUCAGGUUGAAAUGUUUUCAAAAACCAUCAAAGGAGUACCAGUCAAAGUUUUUGAUUCUCCUGGCUUACAAGAUCGCACAGCAAAUGAAGAGGAGUACAUACAAGGAAUGAGAGAAACAUGCAAAGAGCUUAGUUUAGUCCUCUACUGCACUAAGAUGAUUAACACUCGAUUAACUGAUGAUGACAAGAAUGCUAUGGUUAAGCUAACAAAGGCUUUUGGAGAAGGUUUCUGGAACUAUUCUGUAUUUGUCCUCACUUUUGCUAACCUUGAAAAUGUCACAAGAAAGGAUGACAGAGAUGCUGAUGAGGAAGAACCAGAUGAUGAUGAUGAGGAGGGAUGGAAAGAAUUAGAAAAAAGAAGAUUCAUGAGACGGUUGGAGUUAUGGAAGGAAGAGCUACAAAAUUUCCUCAUCGAUGAAGUUGGAGUGAGCAAAAAGAUUGCUACAAAAAUUCCUGUCAUACCAACUGGAGACAACAAAAAGUCCCGGAAGAACAAAGAGCCUCUUCGUCUUCCUGAUCGCUACAACUGGUUUAAUAAUUUUUGGGAAGCAUGCUGCCUGCGAGUUAAAGAAACACGUCUUUUCCUUCAAAUAAACAGUGAUUGUAUGGUUGCAAAAGAUGAGGGUGAUGAUGAUGAUCCUGAUGAAGAAGAAGAUGAUACUGAAGAGCCUUUUAAAGCCUUGUCACCAGAAGAAGAGAAAAAGGACCUUGAAGAAAAAUUGAAGACAAUUGAAAGAUUCAAAUCUGCUCGUAAUAAUUUCAUACAACUUCAGCAGAAAUCUGAAGAAGAAAGGAAGAUUCCAGAACCUAUAAAACCUAGGCCUUUAUCAAGUUAUCAAGUACCGGUACAACAUGAUCAAACAAAGAAGAAAGAAGUACCAAUUAAGAUGACAAGGACAAGACGUGCUUCAGAACCUGCUGAACCCCCACAGCUAGCAAUUUCAAAUCGUAAUCCAACACCCACAAAUAAGACUCCUCCACCAACUGUUGCCCCAAAACCAGUCCGUCCAAAAAUGAAAGAAAGUAGCUAUGGACUGCCUACUAUUCCAAUGGAUGCCUUAAAGCCAGGGGCCACCUACAAGCCAAUACCUCCUCCACCCCCUCCAAAGUGUUCCCCAACUCCUGCAGUAAUAACAAAAGAAGCAACUCCUCCAUUGCAGUUACAAUCCAUAUCACCAAGUGGAGAAGUUGUUCAGCCAUCAGUUUCUGUUAGUAAAUCUGUUCAGGUCACUAAUCAUCUUGUGGACCAAGAUAUUCACAUUCAUCCCACUCUUGUCAAGGAAGUUGCCGUUGAGACUGUCAGAAGAGGUUUUGGUGAAUAUGUUGCUGAUGCAUGUAGAGCAGCUUUUGAUACCGUGAUUAAAAAACCAUCAAAAUGGUUAGUAGGAUUGUUUAAAAAAAAGAAGAAGUAGCAGCCUAAAAUUAAUGACUAUUAUGAAUUUGCUAGUUUAUGCUAUUAAUUAUUCUUAAUGAUGAGUGCUUUUUUGUUACUUUUAUUUAAAGUAAAUCUAUAAAAAA